AUGGCCGCAAGAGUUGGAGGUAUUCCAGGGACUGUUUACGCCAACGAAUCCCCAAAGGAAUCUGCCCAAGAGAUAAGAGGUGACCAUCAUCAUGGAGAACUUGGCGUUUCUGAAUCCCCAAGUGGUUGGAACAAUGAUGUAUUUGUUUGGCCUUGGACUGCAAUUGUUGUUAACCUUCCAACUGAUUGCAAGGAUGGAAUAUAUGUGGGGGAAAGUUGUUCCAAGCUGAGGGAGCAGUUCAUACAGAAAGGAUUUAAACCUCUGAGGGUGUGUCAUUUGUGGAAUUAUCAGGGUCAUUCAGGGACUGCCAUUGUGGAGUUCAACAAAGAUUGGUCGGGAUUUAACAAUGCAAUGGCAUUUGAGAGGGCAUAUGAAGCAGAUCAUCAUGGGAAAAUAGAGUGGCAUGGAAGAAAACACAAAGGGUCCAGUAUAUAUGCUUGGGUUUCCCGUGAAGAUGACUACAAAUCUGGGGGGAUUAUAGGGGAGGAACUCCAAAAAUAUGGAGAUUUGAAAACCAUUUCUGAUAUUGUGGCGGAAGAUGAACGGAAGAAUAAACUUGUUUCAAGUCUUACUAAUGUGAUUGAAAUCAAGGAUAAGCACUUGAAUGAAAUGGAGUGCAAAUUCACUGAGAGUACUCUGUCUCUCAGCCGUUUGAUGGAUGAGAAAGAUGAGCUACAACAACUAUAUAAUGAAAAUGAAAGAGCAUGAGCAGCGUGGCAUGGAGUUGAAGAAGCGGGAGGCACAAAAUUAAACUGAAAGAAGAAAACUAUGGGAAGAUAGGGAAAAG